GUUCGCUGUGGUCUCGCUGCCACCCGGCGACGGAGCCGGCACACACAUGGGCAGCGAGACGGUCAUCCGGGCACCUCAGCCGGGCAGCGGCAGUAACCGCAACCGCCUGGCCAAGUCGCUGGCCCGCAAGCUAGGCACCGCUGAAGACCGGCGCCCGCGGCCAUAAGCAGGAGCAAGGCGUCGGGCUGGCGUCGGUCGCACAGCUGGUGCGGAUCGCCAGUGCCAUCCUCAGGACCGACAAUCACAUGCUGCGCCAACACACAGUCCACGCGCUCUGCCACACACCAGCCGCCCACCUGCAGGAGCUGAUGCGCGAGCUGCGGCCGCUGGCUGACGCCUUGUUUGAUGACGGCUCUGCCGCUGUCCACCGCAACUACCUGCACGUAGCCGCUGGCAGCGCUGGUCUGGCGAUCAAGAGCAACAGUCCGGCCGCGCAGCCGCCGAUGCUGCCAACCAGCAGCAACGACGACCUGGCCAGUGACGCGAGCAGCGUGCCGAGCAGCCGCCGGGCCGGCAGCUUCGAUGCGGCAGCCAAGGACGAUCCAACGGCGGCUGGGUCUACUAGCGUGCAGCGCCGCAAGCGGCUAAGGCACUCGCUGGCGCAGCUGUACAAGCAUGUAGCCAGACAACUGGCGGCCCGCGACACCAGCGGCCGUGCGCUGUUCCAGGACGACCUGGUGAUAUCGCAGCUGAUCGCGUAUGUGCGCGAAACACGUACGUUCCUGACCGACGCCAACGCCGUGUCAGAGCCCGAGCACCAGGGCCUGCGCAUGCAGUUCUGCGGGCUGGUCGAAGCCCUCUACUACUUCCUGUCCGAGCCCGCGACGCAGCCACUGCUGCCCAAGGCCGCCCGCCGCUUCACCCACGAGACCCGCCGCGGGCUGUACCAGCUGUGCGAGCGCUGGUGCGGCCCGGACCCGUCAAAGGACGACCGGCUGCGUCGCGCGGCCCUGCGCUCGCUGGCCGUGCUGUGCCGCGGAGCUCCCGCCAAUACAAGCGAGGGCGGGCCACGCGACCAGCCGGCGCUUCUGGCCUGGGUAGCCGAAGCCCUGGCCGACCGCAGCCUGCAGAGCAUCGCCCAGCAUGCCAUUUCGUGGACGGUGUUGGCCGACCCUGCCGGCGUUGAGAUGCUGCGUGCGCUGGUCCAGCUGGCAUACGGUGACGGCCGCGUCGCCCUGGGCUGCCUGGCUGCACUGACCAGCGUCUUGGCUAGCGACACGCUGCUACCCGAGUGCCAGCCGUGGCUGCUGGUGCUGCUGCUGGUGCAUGUGCAGGCCGACCAGCGCAUGCUGCGGCGCCAGGCACUGCUUCUGCUGCAGACGCUGCGCCAGGACCCACACAUGACUGCAGCCCUGGCCCCCGCAAUCCUCGCCGACGUGCCGGUCGUCGCCCGCCGCGCCGCCUGCCAGCUGGCCGAAAAUGUGGCCGGGGCUUUCCCUGAGAUGUCAGCCCAAAUCUGUGCUGAGGUCGCGCACCAGGUUAGUGAAUUGCCGGAGCCACGGCUCGCCUGCCUUCUGCGCAUCCUGCGGCCCUGGCUCGCCAACGUCCAGCUCGCUGCCUCCGAGCCUCCCCCCAGCAUGGCGCCGGGCACUGCCAUCAGUGAGGAUUCCCAGCACGUGCUCCAGUGCCUGUUGCUGAUCACCACACGCGCCGGCGCCGCCCACAUCGAUGCCAUGCAAGAUGCUUGGGCGGCGGUGGUCGAAAGCCCCACGCAUGGUCAGUGCAAUCAGCGCGUGGUCGUGCAAUUCCUGGUCACCUUGCUUCUGUGCUUGCGUAGCUCUGCAUUGCUGGUGCUUGUGCGACGCGUCUGCGUGUUCCUGGCGCGGUCCACCCACCGCACGCAGCUUCUGGACCAGCUGAUUAGCGAAACCUGCCGCCCCUCAGCCUUCGUCCCCCUGCCGCACAUUCCCGAGGAUCACAGCCUGUGGGCAGAGGAACUUCGAGCAGCCAUGGGUCACGGCGAGACUGUGCAGAUUGCCACUGGUGCCCUAGCGCUGUACUGCCUGAAUGCCAUUGCCCUGGAGCUGCCGCUGCCGCUACUGCGUGUUCUACCGCCAGCCCUGUUCGCCAUCGCCUACCCAGAGCCAUGGGUACGUGUCUCGGCGCGUGCGCUGAUCCGCACUCUGGUCGCGCAGCAGCCUGGAGAUCCCAAGCCCUUGCUUGCCAUUCUGCGCAGCCCUGCGUGCCUUUCUGGCUUCGGCCACCUGGACAAAAAAGACAGCACCGAUCUGCUGGACACUUUGCCUAGCGACCUUUUACCGCGCGCCGGCGAGCCGCCAAAUGACCAGUCCCGCAUCACAUUGCAGACUUUGGUGGCUGGGCUCUCGCAAAGCAUCUCCUCCCCAGAGUUCGCCCAGUCACUGGCCACUGAUGCCGUGAACUGGGCCAUGGGGUGCCCGGUGCGCCAUAUGGCCGCGCUUUCCUUGCAGAUAUUCAGCUCCCUGGCUAUCGAGGCCCAGCAUGGCUCGGUGGUAGUCACGCCGACGCGCAAUAUGGUGCUCCGAUUGAUCGACCGUCUCUCCAAUGUGCUGGAGAAUGAGCCUGAGCUGUCCGUAUUCGCUGAGACCGUCCUGCAUGCCUUGCGUCAGGUCGCCAUUCUGGUUGUGCGCAAUGCCGACGUGGAGAUUGUCAGCGACCUGAUGGCCACUGCAAUCUCUGUCAUGCAGGUCGCUGGCAGCGGCGUCUAUGCCGCUGCAUUGGGUGUCUUCGAGCGUGUGUUCCCACUGGUCACCGAUCACGACAAUAUCAGGGCCAAGAUACGCGCAAAAGCCGGCUUGAAUGUCUCUGGCUACCAGCCAGCAUUACUGCAUGGCCUGAAGUUCAGUGCCUGCCGUGAACGCUGCCUUCGGCUGUUGCGCGAGGAACCGUGCAUGGACAUCGCGAUACUUUCAGUAGCUGCCCACCUACCGUCCAUGCUGGAGCCGUCCUGGGACGAAACACCUGCCGACCGCCAUGCCCCUGUGACCUCGCUAUUCGACAAGUACCACAGCUUUGUGCAGCGGGCAUUAACCGGCACAACCGCAGACGAGUCCCGAAAGUUCCUAUCCCUUCUGCUCUCCCACCUCUCGUCGCCGACUAAUUCCAAUAACCUGGUACGCCAAUUCGGCUACUGCGCAUCCGACCAUUCGCCUUCGGAUUUCCUCUCGGUGCUCCUCGAUCUCUGCUCGCCCUCCAUGCGCGCCCGCACCGCCCUCAAACACCUGUCUGCACUGCAGUUCGCCUCUCUCCAGUCGACGCCGCUGUUGGGUGAAAUCAGACGCAUUGCCAUCUCCCUCGACUUAUUUGCCAGCGUCCUAUCAUGCUCGCAGGUGGCCACAUUAGCCGUGGAUCUCCGCCUCUUGGUGCAACUGAAUGUCAUGGCCGGCAUUAUUGCUAAGCGUGCCGAGAGGGCAUUGCUGCUGGUACUGCAACGGGCCAGAGAGCGCAUCGGCGAUGCGGAUGGCUUGGAUGUCGCCAGACAAGCGCUGGCCAGGAUUGUCGCUAUGGGCGUCGACGAUGAGCACCUUGGCUGUGACGAUAUUGUCGGGAGUGAGAGUGGAGACGAGGAUUUGCUGAGGGAUUUGGAUGACUUUGAUCGUAUGUUGGAUGAAGCUCUUUUGCAGUAAUAUAGGCCCCAUUUUUACUCUGGAUUUUGCUCAUGUGGUGCUAUAUCAGACUCAUCGCUACCAUUGCUCCGUUGACCACCAACGACUCUGUCAUAAUGCCCACAAACAUAUUUGUAAGCACACCCCCAUUCCUAUUUACCUUGGCUUUCCCAAAUAACCACAUUUGCCAGUUAAUAGUUCA